AUGUGCAUCAACUGCUGGCACACGUCGGACGAUCGCCACCUCUCGCUGCUCCCCUUCUCGGCCGGCGACGCCAUGCUUCCAGGCGAGAAGCGGACGCUGCUGCUGCGCGACCGCAAGGAGAUACGCCUGCUCGAGCGCGCCUGCAAAGCGGAUCACAUGAUAUUCGGCCAGCUCCUCCUCUACUCGAACUUCUUCGAGGACGGCCGGGAGGCUUGCGUGCCCAGCGCGUGCGUCCCGCUCCUCCAAGUCUGCGAGAUUCGAGAGCCUCGCGACGCUGGAGGCGUGGAGGGCGCCAUAUGGACCGCCGUCAAGUGCGUCGGCCGGGCGCGACUCGAGACGGAGCCGCGGGUUAGCGAGCGGCGAGCCGUGCUGCUGCAGAACGGGCUCGACGAGGCGCCCUCGGCGUUGCUGCGCAAGCUGCACGGCGCGUGGGGCGCGCGCAGUGAGCGGGAGGCGCAAGUUCAACUCGCAUCGUGGGCGGGCUUCGCGUGGCUGAGCGGAGAGGAGCGGCUGAGCGCGCUGCGGUCGCGCUCGCCGGUCGAGCGGCUACAGUGGGCGCGGGCGGGGCUGGCCAAGGUGAGGCAGCGGCUGGCGACGGAGCUGGCGCUGCAGCGGGUGAUUGCUAAGUAG